AUGGUAUGCAGACUUCCGUUUCCGGUACGUUGCGUGCAAGGCAGGCCAGCUCCACUGGCUGUGCCAAUAGAGACACGUCGGUCGCGUGUCGCUGGCCAGCGGACACAGCAAUGUCCUUAUUACGGUCAGCCAUUUGAUCCCAGCCCGGGCUACCUUUUCCCACCUGCCUCCCUUCUUCACACUGUAUCCCGUGAGGGGAUUCUCCCCGCCAGGAGGGUAGGGCGAUGUGCGCAUUUCGAGUUACCAAUCCGGCCAGUGGGAGCUGGACUACUUCCCCUGGCCUACUCGCCUCCCUUAAAACCGGCGACGUUCCAGGACGCCCGGAUACGAUCUUGGGUGUAUCCGGUCUGCCAAUGCCCGCAAACCAGUUAA